GUUCUAGGUAGCACGUUUUUUUUCAGUUUUAUUAUUAUUUUUAUUAUAAAGUUGUACGUAUAACAUAAUAUGAUUAGAUAACAUAAAAAGUGUGUCUAUAAAUAAUAGAUAUUAUAUCUACGUUAAAAAAGGAAUAAUUUUUUGUUAAUUUAUACAUAGUUUCGGUCGGCGACAACUGCGCGUCACCGCGAGGACGCAUUUUGCAACAUUUCGUACGGCCGCUAUAUAUGGUACCUCGGGAGGAGCCAUCAUCACUCACCACCGAUCCUCUCGUCUGGACACUUCAACCCUCAACAUGAAACUCUUCGUAUGCAUUUGCGCUUUGGCAGCGGUGGCGUUUGCCGGUGAGAGUGAGAAGCGAGACAAACGAGGUUUGCUGGGCGGACUCGGCUACAGCGGCAGCUUGAGUGCCGGCUACGUCGGCUACAGCAGUGGACUAUCCAGCUACUCAGCCCCAGCUGUCAGCUACUCAGCCCCAGCUGUCAGCUACUCAGCCCCUUCAAUAAGCUACUCGGCCCCAGCUAUCAGUUAUUCUGCGCCAGUAGUAGCCGCUGCGCCUCGAGUGGUCGCCGUCAACAAAGUCGUAAAUGUGCCGCGUGUAGUUUCAGUGCCACAAGUCGUCAACGUGCGAAAAGUGGUAUCUGUGCCGCAAGUCGUCAGCCAGAGAGUCGUAGCCGCGCCGUCUGUAGCCUACACUGCAGGCUACAGCUCUGGCUUGGGCUACAGCUCAGGUUUAGGCUACAGUUCCGGCCUCAGCUACGGAUCAGGCAUUGGCUACGGUGGAGCUGCUUCCUACUCCAGCGGUUGGUGGUGAUUUAUAUAGUGAACUAGUCAAUUGCAAUAAUGUAAAUAUGUUUU